AUCCGCCCUCCCGCUGCCUCAUCAUCACUGUACGGAACUAAACUCACUUCAUUACAGAAUAUUAUAGAUCUGUAAAUCUGUCAUUUAGACAGAAGUUAAAGAGUAAAUAGAGUUUAUUUGUGGAAUUGACAUUGAAAGCCGUCGCCUUUGUUUUGUUGACCAUUUGAACAUAAUCAAAGCAGGACAGCAGGUGAAUCGUGAACUGGGCACCGUAUAUAAAUAAUUGCACCUGAUGCCCAUUUGCACUGACGGUGUCCUUCUUUACUGACCCACUAUGAAAGCUCUGAUUCUUGUUGGUGGUUAUGGCACGAGGUUACGGCCGCUCACUCUCACUGUGCCCAAACCACUGGUUGAAUUUUGCAACAAACCAAUCCUGCUCCAUCAGGUGGAGGCUCUAGUCAAGGCUGGAGUCCGUCAUGUCAUUUUGGCUGUGAGCUACAUGUCUGAGCUGUUGGAGCGAGAGAUGAGAGCUCAAGAGCAGAGGCUUGGAAUAAAAAUCUCCCUUUCACAUGAAAAGGAGCCUCUAGGCACCGCUGGUCCUCUGGCUUUGGCCCGAGAGCUGCUGACCGACAACGACGAGCCUUUUUUUGUUCUCAAUAGUGAUGUCAUCUGUGAUUUUCCCUUUGAUGAUAUGCUGAAGUUCCACCAACAGCACGGCAGAGAGGGCACGAUUGUUGUGACAAAAGUGGAAGAACCAUCGAAGUAUGGUGUGGUUGUGUAUGAAGGAGAGACAGGACGAAUACACCGUUUUGUUGAGAAGCCGCAAGUGUUUGUCUCCAACAAAAUCAAUGCUGGGAUGUACAUCUUCAGCCCUGCCAUGCUGAGAAGAAUCCAGUUGCGACCUACUUCCAUUGAGAAGGAGAUAUUUCCUGUCAUGGCAGAGGAAGGGCACCUUUAUGCUAUGGAGCUGCAAGGUUUCUGGAUGGACAUUGGCCAGCCCAAGGACUUCCUAACAGGCAUGUGCAUGUACCUGCAGUCCGUACGGCAGCAGGCACCUGAGCGGCUCCGCACGGGACCAGGCUUCCUCGGAAACGUUCUUGUGGACCCAACGGCAGUGAUUGGUGAAAACUGUACCAUCGGGCCUAAUGUGACGAUCGGAGCUGGUGUGGUUCUGGAGGAUGGAGUGAGAGUAAAGCGAUGUACCGUCCUGAAGGGGGCGCACAUACGCUCCCACUCCUGGCUGGAGUCGUGCAUUGUGGGAUGGAGCUCAUCAGUGGGGCAGUGGGUACGGAUGGAGAACGUUACGGUUCUAGGUGAAGAUGUGAUCGUGAACGAUGAACUCUACAUCAACGGUGCCAAUGUUCUGCCUCAUAAAUCCAUCACAGACUCAGUUCCUGAACCACGAAUCAUCAUGUGAAAAACCUUUCCCACCCCUCACAAAGUGCCCGAGUGUGUAUGGAAGGUUAACCGCUGGAUGACAGGGAGAAUCGACCGCUGUGCUUAAAGAGCAUGAUGGGAAUGGUGUUAUUUGUGAAGUUACAGGUAUCUGAAGUAUGCAGUAUGAAUGUGGUGUUUGAAAAAAAAAAAAAAAAAAAAAAAAAAAGUGAGGCUGCAGGAAAAAUCUUCAGCUGCAGUGCUGCAUCACACAUGUCUGACCCCUCAAGUGCUGUUUUUAUUUCCCUCUGCAUUGUGUUCCCUAUUACUGACAAACAAUUAGACCAUGCAGGACUCAUCUUGCUUUGGUACAUUAGUUGAUUUUGAGACACUAGUAAGCUGUCUAGUAUGUUUGUUUGUAUUCUUUUCAAUGUGUUUUUCUUUUCAUAAACGGAGACAUAUAAUGCUUUCAGGAUAAAACUCGGUGCCUGUAGAAAGAAUGAAAAGUAUGUUUAUGUAUCAGAUGAUGCAAUAGCUGAUUACUGUCAAGACUGUUCACACCUGAAACUUGUAGUAUGUACUAAAUUAUGCAAAUCAUUUUUUUAUUCAUCACUCAAGGUCAUACAGAAAUCUGAUGGUUACUUCCUGUGCAGAUGAACAAAGAAGAAAAAGACAUUCAAGACUCACAAAGUGAAGUCUGUGUAUACAAAUAAAGAUUUUUGGUGUUGAUGUC